AUGACAAGCCUAUCGGAAUUUCCCGACGGGCUCCGUGGGUACUCUGCCAAUAGGCUGGUAGUGCGGAUAUUGAUGAUCAUCUUCACCUCUAUCGCAUUAUACAACGCUAUUGAAUUGCUCAUAUUGUUGUUUUUGACAUUUUCUCAUUAUCGUGGGCUCUACUUUUGGACGCUUUUGCUCUCGGUAGUCCUGGGAGUGAUCCCUCACGCCAUUGGCUACCUGCUUGGACAUUUCUCUCUGGCGCCAUUAUGGUUCACUUUGACUCUCUCCACUAUUGGCUUCUAUGUCAUGGUCCCAGGCCAAUCGAUGGUCUUAUACUCUCGCCUUCAUUUGGUGGUCCAGAGCAACAAAGUGCUUCGGUUUGUUCUUUGGUUGAUCAUCAUUGACGCGAUCAUUCUCUUAAUACCAACGACCGUUCUUACCUUCUGUACCGCAUACGUCUCCGCUCCCUCAAUGAUUCGCGGAUACAAUGUCAUGGAGCGGUUGCAAUUGGCCUGGUUCUGCGCCCAAGAGAUUCUCAUCUCGGGAAUUUACAUUACGGAGACUGUGAAGCUGCUCAAAUUGAUGCCAGACAAGGACCGACGGCGGACCAGAAUCAUGUAUGAGCUGUUGGCAAUCAACGCAGUUAUCAUAUUGCUCGACGUUUGUUUACUCGUUGUGGAAUACAUUGGGUAUUACUCGCUCCAGACCACGUUGAAGGCCAUGGUCUACAGUAUCAAGCUGAAGCUUGAGUUCGGUGUCCUUGGAAAGCUAGUCAAUGUCGUGCAGAAUCCUCGAUCGCAACCCACUUCGUCGGAUCACGAAGAAUACCCUGGCUUCGUGGACCCUUCCCAGUUUACAUCGGAUGUCACUCAUGCAGUCCCACGGGAUCCGCGCCCCGGGGCACGGAGAGGCUGGAACACAUUGUCUGUGGAGAGUUUGCACAGCCCUGAGCGCAGAACUCGUCCAUCUACCCGAUCGACUGACGAGACCCUGCAUCCAUCUUGA